AUGGAUCAGCCAUCGGCAAGCCUCCGAGGGGGUGCUCCGUCUGCUUCUACUGUUGAUGGGAGUGAGGCGGGAAAUGAACAGCCAGCUCGCGGGGAGGUGGGGCAAUCAGACGUUGGACUAUCCCGAGAUGAAGAGGUCGGUGAGGAGCCUCGUCUCCCCAGCGAGCCGUGCUUUGCGAAGCCUGCGCCGUGGUGGCACAGGGUGAAACAGGCGGUGGGUCAGCUUUCCACAGCGGCCGCAGCAGUUGUCACCGUGCUUCAGUCGCUUGCAGGACGUGAUGUUUCAGGCCUACGCGGCUCCCCAGGUCCCACUGCUCCGGGAGUCGAGGAGACCAGUCCAGUGGGCCAUUUGCAAGCUGACGGGCCUGCUAUCGCUUCGUUGGACAGCAUGCAACCGGAGGGAGUCACCGUUCUGGAGAGUCCAUCUAGUGGUGCAGACGACCCAGUCGUGGGCAGUGCCACUGGGAACGAUCCCUCAAAGGCCCAAGUAGCUGGAGCUGAAGAGGGAGAAAACGGCGAUAGGCCUCAGCUUCCGAAGGAGCCAUGCUAUUCCAGAGAUAAGAGUACCUCAAGCGGCCUCAAGAAGCUACUACUAAAGGCUGCGGCAGCAGCUUCAGCAGGUGUGCUACUGCUUAGGGGACUUGGCGAGCGUGGACUUGGAAGCAUAGGUAGACUUGGAACUGCUGCGCCGGUGGGAGAGAGCGGGUUGGUAGGCAGCGGUGAACAGGUGAGCAUCCCACCAAACCCGCCCAGCCCGCUGGAUGUCACACCAGCGGGGAACUCCCUGCCACAGCCUGCCGAAGUCGUUGGUGGGGAUAGCUUGGCGUAG